AUGACUACUGUGCAACGUCCCAAAUUUGAGCCAAGUCCAUGCGAGGAAAAUGACCACACGUCGCUUUCUGCAGGGGAUAAGCAGUGGACCCCUCUAAUCAGCUGUCCUGCUGGGUUUCCGCUUGAACUUUUCGAGACUGCCAUAUCACAACUAAUCCACCACCCCGAAUACAACUCCACUCUCAUUCUGCGGUCGGAUGUCAUCUCAGAGUCAAACUCCGACUUCCCUGAUGCGAUUCCGGUGUUUGAAGAACUGCACAGAAUUCGGUAUAUUCACCGCAAGCUACUUCCGCGAAGACCAGGCCGUGAUCCGCCUUUGGACCAAUAUUGCACUCUAUAUGGUGGCGAAAUCGUGAACACAUUGGUUUUGACACCAAUCGUCGAAGAAGGUUCUUCACUCCCCUACUACCAUCCUACCGUCCAUCAUCUCGCAUUUCGCUAUCUCGAAACCGACUCGCCGACUCUCCGCAUCGAAGUUGUGCCACUCGCCGGAACACCCACCGAUCCCGACUCUCGGUUGUAUCGUACAUGCCUUGCACUUCUAGAAACGCUUCAUCGGUAUGGAUGGGGUGCGAUGACCAACUACAAGAAGCGGGUUAGACACGAUUGCUUGGUUUCGAGAGAGGCGUAUCAAGAUCUGUACCUCGUUAUGCGAGAACGCCAUAAAUAUCUCGUGGAUACGUGGCAGGAAGUAACAGAUCCCCUGAAGCACGUCUUUGAAGACAUUGGUAUUGCGACGUUCUUGAUCUUGUUCUGGCUGGAGACGUUCAAAACAUCAGAUACAUUGGAACAAACUAAUUCUGACGAACCUUGGAAGCAAUGGCCACGACCACCAGGCGGAUUUUUGGACUUUGGCUGUGGGAAUGGAUUGUUGACGCACAUCCUAACUUCUGAAGGCUACAGCGGGUUUGGAGUUGACGUUCGGACCAGAACUUCCUGGAACCACUAUCCUCAAUCCACGCAAGAGGUGCUCCGCGUCUACGCCUUCGAUCCCACCACUAAAGCCAAUGAAACAUACUUCAAACCCGGCACCUUCAUCAUCGGAAACCACGCCGACGAGCUGACGCCGUGGGUGCCUGUACUGGCGACGCUGCAUCAGUCCUCUGGGUAUAUCUCCAUCCCAUGCUGCUCGUGGGCGUUCGACAUGAAGUAUGAGCGAUCUUCGACGCCGCCGUACCCUAUUCCCAAUCCCAACUUUGCGGACAGCUUGAACCUGGGCGGAGAUGGGACCCACAAGAGCUCGUACUCGAUGUACCGGAUAUGGCUUGCUUCGCUGAGCCUGCAUUGUGGGUGGGAGGUUGAGUGCGAGACGUUGCGGAUACCGAGCACGAGGAACUGGGCGAUCGUUGGACGGCGGCGCCUCACGUCCAUAGCACCUGAGCUGGCCCUAUCUAAUGUCGAGGUCAUCGUUGACAACGUCAAGGAACGAGGGCUGUUCAAGGCCCGAAAGCCAGAAGGCAAGGCGGGUGAGCACUAG